AUGAUGUCAUCACGUUUCCCACAGUGCCUCAGCAGUCACGCGACGCAUGCGCAGUGCGCAUUUCUCGAGCGUCUCUCAAAGAUGGCGGGUGUCCCCGAUCCGCUGGAAGAUAUGCUCUACUCUGAAGUGGACGAGAAAGCCGUCAGCGACCUUGUAGGCUCGUUAGAAUCACAGCUCGGUGGACAAAACAAGGCGGUGGGUCCGCAAGGCGAGGCCAGGAGACCGGCAUCGUCCUCAAACUCCGUAAAUCCACACUUGGGAAAAUUGCAGCCCGCCCAAGUAGGAACAACACAAGAGCAGCGGCGGCAGUCAGAGCGAAAACAGGAGGGAAACUCGCAAGAAAACGGUCCGGACAGGAUACAGGCGUCCAUUUCUGUCCCUUCCGCCUCAAAUGCAUCUAGUAAUACUGCAUCUUUGGUUACUUCUGCGAAUCGGGUGCAAUAUCAUGCAUUAGGAGCAACAGCAUCAAAUCCAUCAACUUUGUCAAGUGACGCAGCACCAACAGACUCGCAUCCCAAUACAAAUCACAUUGCGUCUGCAAUCCGGACUGUUCCCGCCAGAAUACAGACUGUAAACGGAGGUAGUGGCGCACUGAAAUCUUCUGUAAUCGCCUCUGCUCCUGCCUCCGUGGUGGGAUUGCAAGUUGAAGCAGCCAGACCGGGCAGUGUAAAUGGUAUUGACAUUGGUUCAGGUAUAGGUAAUGGUAAAAGCAACAUGUCUGCUCCUACGAGUACAAAUACUGCUUUUGUGUCUGCUCAGCCCAAUAGUACACUGCCACAACUUAAUAGUCCAGCAAAUCCCACCAUUGCACUGCACAGGCCUCCUAAUACAAGUGUUGUACAUAAUGGAAGUGACCCCAAAGUCUCAGGAUUGCCCAUGCAUGGUGCUGGAGUGGGCCUCGUGUCCACUUCAACGGUGGCGUUUACAAAAACAGUUGCCAGUGAGCCCAAAUCUGACCCUCAAAGCCAGAUCAAAGCAAUGGUCCCCAACCAGCUCCCUGGUGGUCCUGUAGGUUUGCACCCCAGCACAUCCACUCAGAUGAUUGUGUCUAGUGCUAUGCAGUCCAGUCCAGUGAUGACCUCACUUCCUGUGGCAAGCACUCCCUCUGCCCUAGUAAAGCCAGCAACAACAACUCUCAUAGGACAGCCUACUACCAUGUUGAGACACGGCACACCAACACCAGGGAUGGCAACGGCGACACCCCUACAGCGGCCAGGGGCUCCUGCGACUCAGCUGAUUGUCAGGCCACCACAACAGACAACUAUUCAGCUACCUCCGGGAUUCACCAUACCACAAGGCAUGGUGCUGGUACGUACAGAGGCUGGUCAGCUGGCAUUGGUUCCCCAGCAGGUGCUGGCCCAGGCUAAAGCUCAAAAUCAGAAUAAAGGAACCCUUUCCCCAAGACCUGCUACACCUACUGCUGGAACUGCUUUCAGAGUCACCACACCUGUUGCCCAGCAGCAAAAGUCAGCAGUGGUAACGAUUACCUCAGCUCAGAAGCCCACCACCACCGUCAUUACAGCAGGGGCCAGAGUUCAGCCUGCACCACCCCAGACAGUCCUCAAACCAUCUCUGGCUCCCCAGAGUCCCAGCACGACCUCUGCAGCAGCCCCUGCCAAUAGAGCCCCUAUCCUCUCUCAGGAAAUGCAAGAAAAUGUAAAGAAGUGCAAGAACUUCCUAGCAACACUCAUCAAACUGGCAUCCCAUAAUUCCCCCUCGCCUGAAACGUCUCGGAAUGUGAAAGCACUAGUGCAGGAUCUGUUGGAUGCAAAAAUUGAGCCUGAGGAGUUUACAAAUCGCCUUCAGACGGAAUUGAAAUCAUCUCCUCAACCUUAUUUGAUACCUUUUCUGAAGAAAAGCUUGCCUGCUUUGCGUAUCACUCUUCUGAACUCCCAGCAGUCUUUAACUCAAUUGUCUCAGACCUCUGCCACCUCCACCCCUAUGGCAGUCAACACCAUUAAAGCUCCAGCACCAAGCACACUUCCCACCACCAUAUCUACCAUUCGUCCGGCUGGUGCCAUGGCUUCAACCACCACUAUGGCUGUUAAGAGGCCUGGAGUUCAGCCUACACCCACACGGAUGCCGGUGGUGAUCACACAGACUGUUCGUGCUCAAGGUGCUGCUGGGACACCCUUUCAAGUGAGGAGUCCAAUGGGUGUGGCUGUGCAAGUCUCAGUCAAUCAAAAACAGAAGCUGAACGACCCUGGGGGUGGAACUUUCAGGGAUGAUGAUGACAUCAAUGAUGUGGCAUCAAUGGCUGGCGUGAACCUGAAUGAGGAGAAUGCCCGGAUCCUGGCCACGGGUUCGGAAACAGUGGGCACCCAGAUCCGUUCCUGUAAAGAUGAGGCCUUCCUUCCUGCCAGUCUUCUCCAGAAACGUCUCCUGGAGACUGCCAGAAAGUUCGGCAUGACGGAGGUGCCAAUGGAGACGGUCACUCUCAUUUCUCACGCCACUCAGUCCAGGCUGCGCUCCAUGCUGGAGAAAGUGUCAGCCGUUGCACAACACCGCACAGACUCCUGCAAAGAUGAGGAGCUGUACAAGCAGGGGUCGGAUGUACGAGCCCAGCUGAAGUUUUUUGAGCAGUUGGAGAAGAUCGAAAAGCAAAGGAAGGAUGACGAAGAACGGGAGAUUUUAAUGAAAGCAGCUAAAAGUCGCUCAAGGCAAGAAGAUCCCGAACAGGCCCGGCUUAAACAGAAAGCUAAAGAGAUGCAGCAACAGGAACUUGCCCAGAUGAGGCAACGGGAAGCUAACCUCACAGCCCUUGCCGCCAUUGGACCCCGCAAGAAACGCAAACUUGACUCCCCCGGGGCCUCAUCAGGAGCAGAGUGUUCUGCGGGAAACUCCGGAUCAGCGACUGGCUCUACCUCAUCCUCCAUGUCCUCGGGCCGGCAGGCCCGUCAGCGCAUCACCCGGGUCAACCUCAGGGACUUGAUCUUUUGCUUGGAGCAGGAACGAACAACAGCCAGAUCCAUGCUGCUCUACAAGGCUCUUCUGAAGUAGCACUGCUCCUCAAAACAACCCAACAGCUUCAAAACAGAUGGAUGAGUUCAUCCAUGCUAAUGGUACACCACCUUCUUUACCCUUAAGUCUUCCUCACCUCCACAGCCAUCUCCAGUUGGUGCCUUGAGACUGACCUGUGGCAUGAACCCUUUGAUCAGAGGCUGUUGGAAUGUGUUGCUUACAAUCUCCCAAAUGUGGGAAUUCUGUAGUUCUGAAAGGUCCUUGGAUGUCAUAAGAACAAAGCUGUGGACACCAUGAAAUAUUUCCCCCUUUUGGUCACCUUUUUAAUGGUUUUAGUUUCCCUUUGUUUUGGAUUAAUGAGCCAUCAUUCUGAGCAAUGUUGAUCUUUUUAUUCAUGAACUUGAACUUGGAUUGUUUUUUUGUUUCAGGAUAGAGAUUUUGAGAUUUGUUUUAUAUGAAUAGCGGCUGGACUUGAAACACGUUUUUUACUGAAAGCCUCAUUUGCAAUAGACACUGGAAAACGUGAAUGCAAAGUUCCUGGUUUUAGAGGUCUAACGAGUUGUCGAGUAUUUUAGUAACUUAUAAGUAUUGUAUCUUCAAAUCAUGCUCUGAGGGAACGUGUGGAUGUUUAUUGUUAUUUUGUUACUGAUUAUGCAAAAUGAAGAAACUCUGUGUUGCAAAACACUGACUGUCUUUCAUCCUAUUGGAUGGUCUUUUGAAAUUCAGUGACAGUUUUGUCUCGCACACUCAGUGUGGGGUUAUAGGUGUGUACGGUUCCACUAGUGUCUCUGUGUUAAAGGGAUAGUUCACCCAAAAAUCUAAAUUCUUAUGUUGUUUAAAACCCAUUUGACUUUCUUCCUUCUAACUCGAGGAGAAAUUUUAAAGAACAUUCUGCAUAAUAUCUCCUUUCGUGUUCCAUGGAAGGAAGUCUUUUGGGUUUGGAACAACAAGAGGUGCGUAAAUGAUGGCGGAAUAAUACUUUUUUUGGUAAACUGUCCCUUUAAGUAUACUGUGAAGAAGAAAUGGUGCCUUACACGGCCCUUCUGGGACACCAUUGUUUUUAAUCACGUGAACAGCAUGGAAAUAGCUAAAAUGCUAAUAUUAAUAUGUAUCGCUUAAACAUCAAUUCUAGAGCAGGAUCUCUCAUAACCUAUUUUUGGAGAAACUGCAGGUUUUAUAUGUAAUGUUAAUUUGAUGAAUUUCUGUGUGUAUAUGUGUGUAUAUAUAUAUAUAUAUAUAGACACACACACACACACACACACACAUGCAUACAUACAUACAGGUGGUUUGAUGAGCUGCAGUAAUAAAUUUGAAAUACUAAUGUUGUAUUUUGGUUCCUGUUCUUUUGGAAAAACUGUAUUUUCUGUUUGAAAUUCAAGUGUGCUGUUCAUUUUCAGCAUCUGUCAUAAGUGCAUUGGGCAUUAUUGGAUGUCUCAAGAACUGAACACAUGUAUACUACCCUUUAUGACAUGCAGCAGGAGUGGAAUUGGCAUUUCUUUACCUUCCGCGGUUUUACAGUUUGCAUAUGUUGGAAGACAGUAAAUGUUUAUGUCAUGUGCAAUGAUUCCUUUGAAAUCUGAGGUUAAAUCUUUUUCCAUCUCACUCAGAUUUGUUUUAAUUCUUAUUGUUUGUGCUGAUGUUUAGACAAACAGUAUUGUUGAUCAAGGGAUUGUCUUUUGUCUAAAGAAAACAUAUCUAUUAGAAUUUCUAUUUUUGCUAAAUUUAACAAUUUUUGAAUGUUUGGUUGGUUUGAAAAAAGUGCU